UUGGGGCUCGUCGGUGGAGCCGGCAGGGUCGUCGGGGUCCUUGUCGGAGCGGAUCUCGGCGAGGUCGGGGUUGCCGAUCCCGAUUGUGCCGCGGAGGACGAGGAUGGUGACGAAGCCGCAGAGGAUGGUGAUCUUGAUGUUGUUGAAGGUCUUGUGGUCGACAGAGAAGCCAAUGGAAGUGGUGAGGAACCUCGACGUCCCCCGGUACAUGGGCCGGUGGUACGAGAUCGCCUCGUCCCGGCCUUGUUCCAGCCGAAGAAGGGGGAGAACACGAGGGCGACCUACACGCUGAAGGAGGACGGUGCCACCGUCGGCGUCUUGAACGAGACGUGGAGCGACAGGAAGCGGAGCUUCAUCGAAGGGAUUGCGUACAAGGCCGAUCCGGAGAGCGAUGAGGCAAAAUUGAAGGUGAAAUUGAAGGUUCCGCCAAUCCUGCCGGUGUUUCCGGUCACCGGGGACUACUGGGUUCUCUACAUCGAUCCAGAGUACCAGCACACCCUGAUCGACCAGCCCAGCCGCAAGUAUCUCUAG